AUGCGUCUGUAUUCAAAAAAUGAAUAUUUUGCAAAAAAUGAAGAAUCUGUUUAAAAUAAAAAUACACCUUAGGACUCAGCACUCAAUGAUAUCAUUGCCAGAAACUCAUGCUAUGAUUCAAAAAAUGUGUAGAGAUUUUGCGCAAAAUGAAUUGUCUCCAAUUGCUGACAAAUUAGACCAAUUGAACGAGUUUCCGCAUGAACAAGUUCGAAAGAUGGGCCAGUUAGGUUUAAUGGGAAUGACUCUCCCGACCGAGCAGGGUGGCGCUGGCCUCGAUUAUUGGGCCUAUGCCUUGGCUGUUGAAGAAAUUAGUCGAGGAUGCGCCUCGACUGGCGUCAUAAUGAGCGUUCACAACUCGCUCUUCGUAGAACCGCUGAAUAAGCACGGCGCGGCCGAUUUAAAAGUCCGUUUUCUUUAUCCGGGUUCGCCUUUGCUCACGGGCCAAGCCGUCGGAUGCUUCUGCUUGAGUGAACCAGAUAACGGAAGUGAUUCAGCCGCCGCUUCCACUACAGCUAAAUUGAACACCGAAAAGAACGGGUACCUUCUGAACGGCACUAAGGCAUGGGUAACUAACGGACCCAACGCCACCGCUGGUAUAGUCUUCUUACGCGAUUUGACGAUAGACGUCAAAACAAAGGAGAUACCCAAAAGUAAACGUAUUUCGGCUCUUCUCUUCGAAACUAAUAAAAAAUCUACCGAUGACAGUAACGUCCAAACUCCCAAUGGGUUAGCCUUCGGUAAGAAAGAAGACAAGCUUGGUAUAAGAGCCUCGGCAACGAGUAACGUUAUAUUCGAGGACUAUAUUUUACCCUUAUCUAAUAUACUGAGCCGACCCGGGGAUGGAUUUAAAAUCGCCAUGAAAUCUUUAGAUGCAGGUCGAAUAGGAAUAGCUGCCCAGGCUUUAGGCAUAGGACAAGCCGCCCUUGACUUAGCCUUGGAUUACUCGCUCAAAAGGAAGGCGUUUGGGGUGCCUAUAGCCAAACUGCAAGCCAUACAGAUAAAAUUAGCUGACUCACACUGCCGUUUAGACGCGGCACGUUUGCUGACUUGGAAAGCCGCCCACACUUAUGACUCUGGUGAUGCUUCCGCUCUGAGUCUUAACGCAGCUGCUGCAAAACUUAUGGCUUCCGAGGCUGCAACUUUCGCAACACACGCAGCCAUACAAGUUCUUGGAGGUGCAGGUUACGUGCGCGAUGGGACAGCGGAAAGGCAUUAUAGGGACGCACGAAUUACGGAAAUUUACGAAGGCACAUCCGAGAUUCAGAGACUAGUCGUUGCUGGUCAUUUGCUCAAGAAAAUGGAAAGGAUGGCUUAAUUUACAUUUUUUUAUUUUAUAUUAUAA